AUGCACGCUAAGAAGCAGCAGACCCAGGCGUCGCUCGACGCGUGGCGGUACCAGCUCCGCCUGAAGGACGCGGCCAGCCACAGUCGCAACCUGCAGCGGGACUUCCCCGUGGACCUCAUCAAGCCUCCGCUGGCGGCUGGCGCGUUCUACACGGGGCUGUCUGUACGCCAGGAGGUGUCGGACCCGGAGCAGAUCAGCUUUGACAGGUACCGGCGGCGUCUGCAGGAGUUCGACCGCGAGGAGUACGGGCCGUCGCCCUCCAAGAGGCAGAAGGUGGCGUUCGAGAAGGUGGACCACGUGCGCGAGCAGAACAAGCAGAACCAGAGUCUGCUCAGGAGGCUGCAGAGUGAGCUCAGUGGACGCAGGGAUCGCCGUCGUGUGGGUGGAGCUAUUGGCUUCGGGGUGGUGGAGAGGAAGAUGACUGCCAACGAGGACAAGAAGGUGGAGGUUGCCAAGCACGACGAGAAGGUCGAGAGUGAUGCGGAGACGAAGGAGGAAGUGGAGCCUACGCAGACUGACAACGAUAGCAAGGAUGCGGUCCCGGUGCCAAAUGCGGUCAUCAAGAAUAAAGAGGAAACCAGUAUCACCGUCAAGUCACGCGAAGAAGAAAUUGCUGAGCUUGAGGCGAAACUCCGAGCGCAGCAUUUGUCACGGACAUCGGAAGCUGAUCGACUGUUCUACGACCGUCUUGCAGAACGCGAGGCUAGCACCCUGUUUGAGGAGGUUUUGCUGGAUGAGCUAUAUGAGCUGGCUGAGGACGUGUUUGACGAAGAAGAAGAGAAGUCCCGCAAUAAGGAAUUACCGCCUGAUCUGCUUGAGAUUGUCGAGGAUGCUCUGCACGACGGCCCCAUGGAGGAAGUGCUUAUCCAGAAGUACAAUGUUGACAUCACGCGGCGCCACCUGCAGGUCUUGCUCCCGGGGAUUUGGCUAAACGAUGAGGUGAUCAACUUUUAUUUCCAGAUGAUGAGCGACCGGGAUGAAGCGCUCGUCAACGCGGGCGUACUGCCCAAGCGCAGCCAUUUUUUCAACUCGUUCUUCUACACGAAAGUGUCAGAGAACGGAUAUAAUUUCAUCAAUGUUCGCCGGUGGACAAGAAAGAUCGACGUGUUUGCCAUGGACAAAAUCUUCAUGCCGGUGAAUGUUGGCAAUAUGCACUGGUGCAUGGCUGUCAUCUUCAUGACGGAGAAGCGCAUCCAAUACUAUGAUUCUAUGCACGGAAGCGGCGCAGCAUGCCUGAAAGUGUUGUUCAGGUAUUUGCACGACGAGUCGGAGCACAAGAAGAAGCAAAAGUUCGAUGAAGAAGGCUGGGAGCUCGUGACCUGCACGCCAGACACGCCGCAGCAGAACAACGGGUCCGAUUGCGGCGUCUUCUCCUGCAUGUUCGCCGACUACCUAUCGCAAAACAAGGUCCGUGCCGCUAUCCCAACAAUGAUUAACUCCCCUAUCGAUAGCGCUAACACGCAUUGUCUCCUUUGCUGCAGCCGCUGA